AUGGUGCCCUCAGCUGGGCUCCUCUUGCGUGAUGUUGGAUCUGGUACAUUAAGGAUCAAGAGUCAUGUGGUCCCAGCCACUGACAUGGCUCUGUGCAAGCUAAAGCUUUACCAAAAUAGUGAAGAUCCUAAAAGGGUUUUUCAUUAUUCUUAUACAGCUUCAUAUGUGAUUUAUAACAUACACACAAGGGAAGUUUGGGAGUUAAACCCUCCAGAAGUAGAGGAUUCAGUUUUACAGUAUGCAGCCUGGGGCAUCCAAGGACAGCAACUGAUUUAUAUUUUUGAAAAUAACAUCUACUAUCAGCCUGAUGUAAGGAGUAGCUCAUUGCGCCUGACAUCUUCGGGAAAAGAAGGAAUUAUUUUUAAUGGAAUUGCAGACUGGUUAUAUGAAGAGGAACUUCUUCAUUCUCAUGUUGCCCACUGGUGGUCUCCAGACGGUGAAAGACUGGCGUUCCUGACCAUAAAUGACUCUCUGGUACCGAACAUGGUUAUUCCCCGAUUUACUGGAGGUCUAUAUCCAAAAGGAAAGCAGUAUCCAUACCCUAAGGCAGGUCAAACAAACCCAACAAUAAAGCUGUUUGUAGUUGAUCUGUAUGGACCAGCACAUACACUGGAACUGAUGCCACCUGACAGCUUUAAAUCAAGGGAUUAUUACAUCACCAUGGUGAAAUGGACAAGCAACACCAAGGCUGUGGUGAGAUGGUUAAACAGACCUCAGAAUAUCUCCAUCCUUACGGUUUGUGAAACCACAACUGGGGCUUGCACCAAGAAAUAUGAAAUGCAGUCAGACCUGUGGCUCCCUAAACAGAAUGAAGAACCGAUUUUCUCCAAGGAUGGCAGUAUGUUCUUCAUGACUGUCCCAGUGAAGCAGGGAGGCCGGGGAGAAUUUCACCACAUAGCCAUGUUUACUGUUCAGGCUAAAAGUGAACAAAUCAGUGUGAGACACCUGACAUCAGGAAACUGGGAAGUUAUCAAAAUCCUGGCAUAUGAUGAAAAUACUCAAAAGAUUUAUUUCUUAAGCACUGAAGAAUCCCCAAGAGGAAGACAGCUACAUAGCGUAUCAACAGUGGGAUCAUUGAAUCGUCAGUGUCUCUCGUGUAACUUCUUGAAAGACCAGUGCACAUACUUCAGUGCAAAGUUUAGCCCCAUGAAUAAGCAUUUUUUACUGCACUGUAAAGGGCCAGGCGUUCCAGUUGUUAGCGUGCACAGUACAAGUAAUACUACAAAGUUUUAUAUUUUGGAAAAUAAUGCUGUGUUGAAGGAAGCUAUUUUUAAGAAAAAGAAUUCGAGGACUGAAAUUAAAAUGCUUCACAUUGAGGAUUACGAACUCCCUUUACAGUUGUCACUGCCAAAAGAUUUCACGGAUCGAAACCAGUAUGCCCUUCUAUUAAUAAUUGAUGAAGCUCCAGGCAGCCAGUUGGUUACAGAUAAGUUUCACAUUGACUGGGACUCAGUGCUUGUCAACUCUGAUAAUGUCAUCGUAGCUCGAUUUGAUGGCAGAGGGAGUGGAUUUCAAGGCCUUAAGAUUCUACAGGAGGUCCACCGAUGCUUAGGAUCAGUGGAAGUGAAGGACCAAAUAGCAGCCGUAGAAUCACUAUUGAAGCAGCCCUUCAUUGAUCCUAAGAGGCUGAGUAUAUUUGGAAAGGGAUACGGUGGCUACAUUACAUCAAUGAUCCUGAAAUCCAGUGAACGGCUCUUCAAAUGUGGAGCUGUGGUGGCACCAAUUACAGACAUGAAGUUGUAUG